UGCCACGUAUGAAACAAAGGGCCCCUUCCCUUCACCGGAUCCCCACUUUACAAAUCCAGAAAAGAAAAGAAAUUCGACGGAGGAUUUCUUGCUUGAAAGACGUCAACAAUUCUUCCAAUUGAAUUAUCGCAAAUCUCCCUCCCAGUCAAAUUUCCUUCAAGAAUGGCGUCAAGGUCGAGCGGAGGAGGUGGUUCUAUUUACGGUGGCGCUGCUCCAUACAGAUCCAGAGAGGGACUUAGCACGAGACCGAUGGCGAGCUCUGAUGAAAUACAAUUGCGGAUUGACCCGAUCCAUGGGGAUUUGGACGACGAGAUCACUGGCCUCCGUAGCCAAGUUAGGCAAUUAAGAAACGUUGCGCAAGAGAUAGAAUCAGAAGCAAAGUAUCAGAAGGAUUUCUUAGAGACUCUGCAAAUGACUGUGAUGAAAGCUCAAGCUGGCGUGAAGAACAACAUCAGGAAAUUAAACAAGAGUAUCAUCAAGAAUGGUGGAAACCAUAUCGUUCACGUUGUUCUUUUUGCACUGUUUUGUUUCAUGGUGGUUUACCUGUGGUCCAAAAUGUCUAGAAGAUGAGGUAUAUUGAGCACCAAAGUAUCUGUUAAGCUAUCAACGCCCAUCCUCUGGAUGUACCAAGAGUCAAAAUGCGGGUUCUAUUGUAAAUCUUCCCAGCAGCAGCUUCAUUUGUAACGAGACAUUUGAAAAUUGUGUUCCCCCCUACAAUUGUAGUUGAAUGCUAGAUUACUUUUGCAAAGAGAGAAUAUUACUGCAUGUAUUUCCCCUUGUUUCUCAUGUACAACAACAAAGCUUUAUUCCCUAAAACUUAGCUUUUACCAUUCAA